AAAAAAAAACUUAUCUGACUUAGCAUGUUAAAUGAUUAAUUUUUAUCACUUUACAAUCGAAAUGCAUUACUUCCGAAAUUUUACGACAUUUUAACAGCUGUUUAAUAUAUUUUGUUCUUUAAAGGAAAGUAACGAGUGAGUGCAUUUGUGAUUCAAGUGAUUGCGGUGGAGUAACGUGUUUUCCUGUUUAUUGCGACAAAACUUCUUCCUGAACGCCUUGAGGAGAAGAAAGAAAGUCUGUUGUUUGGGACUUAAGGACCUACAGUGCCUAGACACAAUAUGCGGGUGAUUACCAGAGUACUGCUGGUGUUUUGGAAUAUUGGAAUGGUAUGGACAGCAUGCAAUGUCUCAAGAGCUGAAAUGUGUGCAGCACAAUUCCAAGAACGGUAUGACUCAGAACUAUUGGUGGAACUGACGUCAUCCAAUAAGAACGUGACCAAAUCAAGAGAAUUACUGUGCCUAUCGACAGUCAAAGAUAACAAUAUCACCAAGUGUUAUGCUGACAGUUCAAAUGCAUGUACGAAUCAGGACCACUUGGCGAUCCAAUGGAACGAGACCAUGAGUGACGUCAUCACACUGUGCAAUGAAACAUGCACUAACUACCUGGAAUUUCAGACAUGCGAGAGUAAGAUCCAAUACACGGCCUAUCGGGAUUCUAAAUUUGAACUCUUUUGCAAGUCAUAUGAAGAGGGUAUUUCGUGUGCCAGCGGAAUUUUGAAGAAUUGCAAAUUCGACCUCUCAUUUUACAUAAAUAUCAUUACAAAACCAAUGCCUACAUAUUACAACCGAAUUUGUCUUACAGGUUGUGUCAACCUUGAUGAGACAAUGAAAGUUAUCAAUAAUUGCUACAACUUUAUCGGUAAUAUUAUGAAUGAGGACUCUGUCUCCCAGUGCGCUUCUCAUAAUAACUUCAAAAACUGCCUGUUUGCACCAGAUAAGGUUUGCCGUGAGGUGACACAACUUUUGAAAGUUAUAUACAGUUAUGACACUCUGGAGCUCAUUUGUACAACAACAACAUCUACAUCAACCCAACCAACAACAACGACACGAGAAAUUACCACCCUAUCAACAACCAGACAAGAAAUUGCCCCCCAAUCAACAUCAACGACAGAAGAAAUAACCACCCAAUCAACAAAAAUGACGCAAGAAAUUACCCCUCAACCAGUGAUUACCAACAAAAUGACAAAGAGGGGCCAAACAACAGAAUUCGCAACCACUAAACAAGCAAGUAUAACAACAAAAAUAACAAUUCCGCCUUUACAAGAAGAAGAGAUUUCCACAUCAACCACUUCAAGAUCACCAACCACUGUAAAGAAGGAAUUGAAAACACAGUCCGAUGAUUCAACUCAGGUGACUUCUACAAAGGCAGACAGAAAUGCAGGAACACAAUCUUCCGCUCUCGAGUGCCUAGACACAAAAGUGUUAUCGAUAUCAGCAAACAGUCAACCUUCUACAGAACAGUGCUUGAGGUUUCUUACAAUGGCAGCCUGCUUAUUUGAAAAGGAAACAACUAAUUACAAAGAAAUAAAAAGUGUGCUUUCCAUUGUUGGAAAUAAAAUUAAUGAUAUCUUAAGAAGUGGCGUUUUAAGGAACUGCACAUUUAAUGUUCAAAAAGAAAUAGUCUUAAUUCAAGAACUUCGUAAUUCUACUUGCCAACAGCUCCAGUCUGAACAGGAUGAGGAGCCACUUUGUACGGGGCACGGAUAUGGUCUCGUUAAAUGUACCAAAGGCGGUGCUUCAUCAAUGAGAGACAGAGCUUCAGAAUUCUUGUCAUUCCUUUUAGUUCUUGUGCUUUUAGUUUUUGAAUUUUCAUCAAUUUGAGAAACCAAAAAUUUGAUAAGUUAUUUAAUUUAAACUUCCUGCCGAAUAUCCUUUAUAUUCUAGUAAAAUGUUCAUAUAGGAAACAAAUGUGUCAGACUCUUUGGUGUCUUUUUUAUCGCCUGUACAGAAAAGCAUUCCCAUCUCACUCUUCGUGCUCGUUCGACAUAUUUGUUGCUUGUCUGUGAAGGCGAUAUAUCUAUGGGUCAACCUCUUGAAAGGAUAU